GGCCAAGAAAGCGCGCGUUCUGGGAGUGGGCCGGGAGGCCUUAAAUAGCGCCGCGUCACCUCCGGCAGCCUUAGAGCCGGUGCGGAGGUGCUGGGGAGCGUUCCUGUUUCCUGCGGUUUGCGAGCCGGUGCGUCCCGCGAGGCUGCGGCGGACGGAGCCUCGUUAACUGAAGGCCCGAGAGGUUGGCAGCCUCCGUUGAAGCACAUCGAACGGCGGCGGCGGCGACAGCUGGGAAUCAUGAGUGACAGCGGCGAACAGAACUACGGCGAACGGGAAUCCCGUUCUGCUUCCAGAAGUGGAAGUGCUCAUGGAUCUGGGAAAUCUGCAAGGCAUACUCCUGCAAGGUCUCGCUCCAAGGAAGACUCCAGACGUUCCAGAUCAAAGUCCAGGUCCAGAUCUGAAUCUAGAUCUAGAUCCAGAAGAAGUUCUCGAAGGCAUUACACAAGGUCACGGUCUCGGUCACGUUCCCAUAGACGAUCCCGUAGCAGGUCUUACAGUCGAGAUUAUAGAAGACGGCACAGUCACAGUCAUUCUCCUAUGUCUACUCGAAGGCGUCAUGUUGGGAAUCGGGCUAAUCCUGACCCCAAUUGUUGUCUUGGAGUGUUCGGACUAAGUUUAUACACUACAGAACGAGAUCUAAGAGAGGUGUUCUCUAAAUACGGCCCCAUUGCUGAUGUAUCUAUUGUAUAUGACCAACAGUCCAGGCGGUCAAGAGGAUUUGCUUUUGUGUAUUUUGAAAAUGUGGAUGAUGCCAAGGAAGCUAAAGAACGUGCCAAUGGAAUGGAACUUGAUGGACGUAGGAUCAGAGUUGACUUUUCUAUAACAAAAAGACCACAUACUCCAACACCUGGGAUUUACAUGGGGAGACCUACUUAUGGCAGCUCACGACGACGGGAUUACUACGACAGGGGAUAUGAUCGAGGCUAUGAUGAUCGUGACUACUAUAGCAGAUCAUACAGAGGAGGUGGUGGUGGUGGAGGAGGAUGGAGAGCUGCUCAAGACAGGGAUCAGAUUUACAGAAGACGGUCACCAUCACCUUACUAUAGUCGUGGUGGAUACAGAUCACGAUCCAGAUCUCGAUCAUACUCUCCUCGUCGCUACUAAAGCAUGAAGUUGAAGGAAAACUUUUCUGAAACCUGCCCUAUAGUUGGGAUAUUGUUUGUGGACAAUAUUUUUAUUGUCUUCUGUUUAAAAAGUGAACAGUGCCUAGUGAAGUUAGGUGACUUUUACACCUUUUAUGAUGACUACUUUUGGUGGAGUUGAAAUGCUGUUUUCAUUCUGCAUAUGUGUAGUUUGGUGCUUUGUUCAAAGUUAAGUGUUUUCAGAAAAGUAUGUUUUGCAUGUAUUUUUUUACAGUCUAAAUUUCGACUGCUGAGAAGUUUCUAUUGUACAAAAACUUUCAUUUAAAAGGUUUUUCUACUGAAUCCAGGGUAUUCUGAAGAUCGACUCCUGUGUGUAAAAUGCUACCAAAUGGCAAAAAAGCAACAAUAAAGUUUGGUUUUUACUUUCUAACAUAAGCCGUUAGUAAAACUGUUCAGAUUAGUAAUUUCAGGACAAAAAAUUGCCCAUUUCCCCCCUCCAGUUCAUAAGACAUACCAAACUUACUACACCUGCAACUAAGUGUGUUAAUUAUGCUCUGUAACCUUUACUGCUAGCUAGUAUUAGAACUUCAGUCCAGCAACUGCUUAAUGCUUAUAUAAAUGUGGAUUUGUCCGCCUUUAUGUAAUCUGUAUUACAUAGCAGGGAGUAAGAAGAGUUCUAAUGAUGUAUGCCUUACAAAGGCUACUUCUUAAAGCUGUUUUAAGGGGAUAAUGGUAUUUCAACCAAUUCUCAGCAACUAACAAUACAUUCCACCACAAAUGUACUCUGGUUCUUCUAGCUGUCGGGUUAUAUGAAAGCACUGGGUUCUUCAGAGUUUGUGAACAGAGAAGGGAACACACUACACCUGUGUUAUGUAUCAACUGAAGACUUAAGCCUGUUCAUUUUUUAAAUAUUUUCAGGUCCUUUGCUUACCAAAGGAAGCCAAAUUUACUCAAAUGUUUUGAGAACUGUUUAAAUAAACACAAAUGAAAAGAAAAAGACUGGUACAACUCCGUUACAUAGAUUUUUUUGUUUUAUAAAAAAUCGUGUAGUUUUCAGUUCUUGCUGCAAUGUCCUUUGGGCUGGGAUACAUCCUUUUCUUUGUCAUUGGAUUUUGUUUUAUUUAAUGUAUGUACAUUCCCUGCCAUUGAGAGUGAAUGACUAGGUGUUGGAAUGAUCAUCUCUUAAAAAAUGGCAUUAAAUAGCUCUGGUCUCCACAUUUAUCCUAGAA